AUGGCAUCCGAGUACAUUCUGAGGUGUUCAACUGCCAGUCUUGUCACUCAAAGUUGGUGUCCAUCUUGUCCCCCAGUUCAAUAUAACAACUGUAACAAUGGAAAUGCAGUACACCACUACCGCUUGUGGAAGUUUGCCAAGCGUGGCCCCCUACGCGGGCCCAGCGGUGGCUACCGGCCCAAGGAGCCGUUCCGCUCGCACCCGCCCCCCAUGCGGAUGGCGUCGUCUUCCUCGCUGUCGGAGGGCAGCCCCCGGCAGUCCUUCUGGGAGCGCAGCCACAUCGCCCUGGACCGCUUCCGCUUUCGAGGCCGGCCCUACCGCGGCGGAGGCCGCUGGGGCCGCGGGCGAGGCAGCAGCAGCGACCGGGGCGGCAAGCCGGCGGGCGGCAGGCCCUCGGCGGGAGGAGGGGGAUCGGGCUUCAGCAGCGGCGGCCAGAGCUGGAGGGAGCCUUCUCCUCGCAAGAGCUCUAAAAGUUUUGGAAGGUCUCCAUCAAGAAAGCAGAGUUACUCGUCCAAAAAUGAAAACUGUGGGGAAGAAAGUUUUGAAGACUUGCUUUUAAAAUACAAGCAAAUUCAGUUGGAACUUGAAUGUAUUAAUAAGGAUGAAAAACUGGCUUUGAGUAACAAAGAGGAAAAUAUGCAAGAUGAUGCUAAAAUAUUGAAUUCUGAGGACCAAAUAAUUGCAGAGAAUGUCAGUAUUGUAAAGGACCCAGUAAAAGAAGUACCUCCUGAGGAGAAAAAACUGGUUAAAACUUUUCAGGCAUUUGAACUAAAACCUCUCAGGCAGAAAUUGACUUUACCCGGAGACAAAAACAGAUUGAAAAAAGUUAAAGAUGGAACAAAACAGCUUUGCCUAAAAUCAGAACCUACAGAAUCCAGUCAAGGAUUAGAAGACAAAGAACAAAGUUUAACAAGAAAGAUUAGCACUUCAGAUCUCCUUUCUGAAAAGAAACUUGGUGAAGAUGAAGAGGAACUUUCUGAGUUGCAGCUUCGCCUACUGGCUCUUCAAUCAGCCAGUAAAAAGUGGCAACAGAAAGAACAGCAGGUGAUGAAGGAAAGCAAAGAAAAGUUGACAAAGACAAAAACUAUUCAGCAAAAAAUUAAAACCAGCACAAAAACCCACUCAGCCAAAAAAGUUAGCACUACAGCUAAACAGGCCUUGAGAAAACAGCAAACAAAGGCAUGGAAAAAAUUACAACAGCAAAAGGAACAAGAAAGACAGAAAGAGGAGGAUCAGAGGAAACAGGCCGAGGAAGAGGAGAGAAGAAAAAGAGAAGAGGAAAUACGGAAAAUUCGAGAUCUUUCAAAUCAAGAAGAGCAGUACAAUCGGUUCAUGAAGCUAGUAGGGGGAAAGAGGAGGUCAAGAAGCAAAUCUUCAGAUACAGACCUGAGACGAUCUUUAGAUAAGCAGUCUAUUGAUAGUGCUGGAGGCAUCUAUCAGUAUGACAAUUAUGAAGAAGUUGCAAUGGAUACAGAUAGUGAAACUAACUCUCCAGCUGCUUCUCCAGUACAGCCUCUUUUCUUCCCUGAGUGUUCAUUGGGAUAUUUUCCUCCGUUACCACCUAUUUCUUUGCCUCCACCACCUCAGGUUUCAGUAAGUCAGCUUUUGGCCAUGCCACCUUUAAGCCAGCCUUAUGUUGAGAGUAUUUGUGUUUCUCUUGAGCUUCCUCCUCCUCUUCCUCCUCUUCCACCCCUUCCUCCAGAAGACCCUGAACAGCCUCCCAAACCACCUUUUGCAGAUGAAGAAGAGGAAGAAGAAAUGCUGCUUCGUGAAGAGUUACUUAAAUCUCUAGCUAACAAAAGAGCCUUUAAAUCUGAGGAAACGUCCAGUAAUAGUGGCCCACCUUCUCCUCCAGUUCCCAACAAUUCUCAGCCUGUGCCAAGAAGCAAUCUUUCAAUAGUCAGUAUUAACACUGUAUCUCAGCCUAGAAUACAGAACCCAAAGUUUCACAGAGGACCUCGUCUUCCACGUACAGUGAUAUCGCUUCCUAAACACAAAUCAGUGGUGGUAACAUUAAAUGAUUCUGAUGAUAGUGAAUCUGAUGGGGAACCCUCCAAUUCAACAAAUAGUGUCUUUGGAGGAUUAGAAUCCAUGAUUAAAGAAGCAAGAAGGACUGCAGAGGCUUCAAAACCAAAAGCCCCACCCAAAUCAGAAAAGGAAAAUGACCCUAUGAGAACACCUGAAGCUUUACCAGAAGAUAAGAAGAUUGAAUAUAGAUUAUUAAAAGAGGAGAUUGCCAGUCGAGAGAAACAGCGUUUAAUAAAAUCAGAUCAGCUGAAGACAAGCUCAUCAUCUCCUGCUAACUCUGAUGGUGAAAUUGAUGGAGUUGGUAGAAUAGCAAUGGUUACUAAGCAGGUGACAGAUGCAGAAGCGAAACUUAAGAAACACAAACUUCUCCUGAUGAAAGAUGAGUCUGUGUUAAAGAAUCUCUUGCAGCAAGAGGCUAAGAAGAGGGAAUCUGUUAGGAAUGCUGAAACAAAAAUUGUGAAACUUACAGAACAGCUUCAAGCAACAGAAAAAAUCCUUAAUGUUAACAGGAUGUUUUUGAAAAAGCUUCAGGAACAAAUUCACAGAGUUCAGCAGCGAGUUACAGUUAAGAAAGCACUGGCACUCAAAUAUGGAGAAGAACUUGCUCGAGCAAAAGCAGUGGCUAGUAAAGAAAUAGGAAAACGUAAAUUGGAGCAAGAUUACUUUGGACCAAACAAAAUGAUAAAACUAGACAGCUCCCCUGCAUCCAGCCCGAAAAAGCAUUCAGCAGAAAUGAUUGCUUUGGAAAAAAAAAGAUUACAGCAGCUAGAGUAUGAGUAUGCUCUAAAGAUUCAAAAACUAAAAGAAGCCCGUGCCCUUAAAACAAAAGAACAAUCAAAUGCAACCCCUAUUUUGGAAGAAGAACCUGAAUUUUCUUUACCUCAGCCUUCCCUUCAUGAUCUAACACAAGACAAACUGACUCUAGACAGUGAAGAAAAUGAUGUUGAUGAUGAAAUUCUGUCUACUUCAAGCAGAGAACGAAGGAGAUCAUUCCGGGAAUCCAAUGCUUUCACCAAACCUAACCUUAAGCACACAGAUACACCUAAUAAGGAAUGCAUAAACAAACCCAGUAAAAGCACUGUGGAGAAACCUGAACUCUUUCUUGGUUUAAAUAUUGACGAAUUAAAAAGAUUGCAUGCUAAUGAAGAUAGCCUGAAGGAGCUGAUUUCAAAAAGUACUGCCAUUUCAGAAAAGUUUUUACGUGGUCAAGAAAUUUCUGUGGAUGUGGAUAUUGUUGCAUCACAGAACAAACAAACAGAAGGGAAACCAUUUCCAUUUGGACCAUAUCAUAGCCCUCUUCUUGUUUUUAAGUCCUACAGAUUUAGUCCUUUUUUCCGAACCAAGGAAAAACUUUACCUCAGUUCAGUAUCAUACAGUAAUAUGAUUGAACCGAAACAGUGUUUCUGCCGUUUUGAUUUAACGGGUACUUGUAAUGAUGAUGAUUGUCAAUGGCAACACAUGCAAGAUUGCACUUUUACCCGGAAACAGCUGUUCCAGGACAUUUUGUCUUACAAUUUAUCUUUGAUUGGUUGUUCUGAGAAAAGCACAGAAGAAGAAAUUACAGUUGCAACAGAAAAAUACAUUGAAAAACUUUUUGGUGUAAACAAAGAUCGAAUGUCAAUGGACCAGAUGGCUGUUCUUCUUGUUAGUAAUAUCAAUGAAAGUAAAGGUCAUACUCCACCAUUUACAACUUAUAAGGAAAAAAGAAAAUGGAGGCCAAAGUUUUGGAGAAAACCUAUUUCAGAUAAUAGUAGUAACAGUAGCAGUGAUGAAGAACAAUCCACAGGACCUAUUAAAUAUGCUUCCCCACCUGAACACCAGGCCAGUGUUCCAGUUUUGGAUGCUGUUGUCACGCCUGAUGAUGUCAGAUAUUUUACAAAUGAGACUGAUGACAUUUCCAACCUGGAAGCGAGUGUGCUUGAAAACCCGUCUGAUGUACAGCUCUGGAUCAAACUUGCAUACAAGUACUUAAAUCAGAAUGAGGGGCUCUUCUCCAAAAGAGGAACUAAAGAAGAGGUGCAGGAGAUGUGUGAAACGGCUGUCGAAUAUGCUCCAAAUUACCAAAUUUGGUGGACCUUUUUGAACUUGGAAACCACUUUUGAUGGCAAGGAUUAUGUAUGUGGGAGGAUGCUUCAGUUCCUUAUGGAAGCAGCAAAGCAUGAGGAGUCAGAUCUUCUGUCUUUUCAGCUCUUGGAGUCUCUUCUCUUUAGAGUUCAGCUAAGCCUAUUCACAGGCAGAUACCAAAAUGCCCUUGCCAUCUUACAGAAUGCAUUGAAAUCGGCCAAUGAGAGAAUUAUAGCAGAACACCUUUCAGCAAGUGAUCGAUGUUUGGCUUGGCUGGCAUACAUACAUCUCAUUGAAUUCAACGUUCUCCCUCUGAAAUUUUAUGAUCCAUCUAAUGCCAAUCCUUCAAGGAUUGUUAACAAAGAGCCAUUUUUAAUUCCAUGGCAAACAGUUCAAGAUGUGAAGACUGACCAUGACAUGUUAGUAGCUGUUUUUGAAGAUGCAAUUCAAGCAUGUACAGAUGAAAGCCUUGCUGUUGCUGAAAAAAUUGAGGUCUGCCUUCCCCUAUACACAAAUCUGAUUGUUCUGCUGCAGCUCCUUGACAGGUGUGAGUCUGCUGUGGAACUCUGUAGGUCUUUAUUGGCAUCCUGUCCUGUGAACUGCCAGUUGUUGGAAACCCUUGUGGCUCUGUAUUUGAGAUUGGACCAGCCUGACAAAGCCAGUGCAGUAUGGCUUAGUACAUUUGAAAAACAUCCUCAUAAUGCAGAAAUUUUUUAUCAUUUGUGCAAAUUCCUUAUCUCAAAGGAUCGAUCUGACAGUAUUCUUCCCUUGUUGCGAGAAUUUAUUGCACCAUUUUUUGAACUUGGGUGUGAGGAACAUAAUCCCAUAGAUCUCUUUCGAUAUCUGUUGAAUAUUCCUGGGCCAUUUGAUUUUGCAUCACCUUUGUGUAAAGGAAAUUUUGAUGAUGAGAUGUUAACCCAUCAAGUCCCGUAUUUGUGGCUGAUCUACUGCCUAUGUCAGUCUCUUCAAACAAGCAUUGAAGAAACAGUGGAUGCAUAUGAGGGAGCUCUAGGGGCAGUCAUGCAUUCUAAGAUGGUACAGAACAUCUGGAUGGAUUAUCUUGUAUUUGCAAACACUAGAGCUGUUGGAUCUAAAAAUAAAGUCCAAGAAUUCAAAAUUUUUACUGAUUUAGUAAACAGAUGUUUGGUGACAGUCCCUACUCGAUACCCAAUUCCUUUUAGUACUGCUGAUUACUGGACCAACUAUGAGUUUCAUAAUAGGGUUAUUUUCUUUUAUUUGAGUUGUGUUCCGCAGUCCCAGCAUUCCAAAAUCUUGGAAAGAUUUUGCUCAAAUAUGCCAACCAAUCCUGGACUUGCGUUGAGGCUACUCCAGCAAGAAUGGGAAGAAAGCAAUGUUCAGAUUCUGAAACUACAAGCCAAGAUGUUUACAUAUAAUAUCCCAACAUGCCUGGCCAUCUGGAAAAUAGCCAUUGCUGCCGAGAGCUUUUUAAAAGGACAGAGAGAGGUCCACCAUUUAUAUCAGAGAGCCUUUCAGAAGUUACCUCUGUGUGCAACUCUGUGGAAAGAUCAACUGUUGUUUGAAGCGUCAGGAGGAGGUAAAACUGAUAACCUGAGAAAACUAGUUUCCAAGUGCCAAGAGAUUGGAGUCAGCCUAAAUGAGCUCUUAAAUUUAAACGUUUACAAAACAGAAAGCAAGAAUCACUGAACACUUCGUGCAGUCAGUCCUAAGUCCUAUUAAUAAUUGCCAAAAUCAUUUGAAUGAUUCUUCAAGAUUAGGCUGAUCCCUGGCUAAGGUCUGUAUAAUGCAGACAAGCAUUGUUGAUCAUAUCAAGUCCCCUACAAUCUCCUGUCCUUGAAACCAGAAGCAAUGAACAUGACCCUCUUCACUUGGAUAAAUGGACUUCCUGUUUGGCCUGCUUCUAGGCCCUUCCAGAUUCUCAUAACAUCAUGUACGUAAGUAUAGUUCAUCAAAGUGACUGACAUUUAUUUUUAUUUUAUUUUGUUAUUUUUAUUUUAUUUUUCUCCCCUUACGUUGUGCUGUUUCCUGAUUUCACUUGACACUCUCUGAUGCCUGAGAGAUCCGUGUUUGGGAUUAGUUCCUGGGGCUGUGUUUACAGUAAAAACCAAACAGUCCAUUUUGUUUUUUUCCUUUUUAAACCUUUUGAGAUUCUUCAUUACAGGAUAUAAAACAAAAGCAGUCCAUCUUAAGGAAAGUGUAACUGCCAUGGCCACAAGUCUGUUAGUGCACUUGAAGGCUCUAAGAGGGCUGUUCACUGCCCUUCUGCGUUCUGGACUCGUUGCCGAGACUGUUUAACUUGAAGAUAAAGAAACUAUCACAAAUGCCAGUGCAUCAGAACCCAAGAGUGGUCAAUUAUUAUGUGCAAUUUUUUUUGUAAAGAAAUUUUAAUUUAUAAUAAAGUUUAACAGUUUAAAGAACA